GGGUGGUUAGGUGGGUGGUUUUGGGGGGUUUUGGGGGGUUAGCGGAGGAGCUGAUGAACAAGAUACCCUCCUCAACAUUUUAAAUAAGAGGCUGGAAGCUGGAAAUUUCCGCACGUGACAGCGACGCGACGGCUCGGCUAUAUGAGGAACCCGGCGGAGAGCAUCAGGACCAUUCAGCCACACGCAUCAGGGCGCACGACGCACACUCACCGCCGUCUCCAACUCCCAAGACAUCUCUUUCUUUUUUUCUUUUUUUUUUUUUGAAAGCGAAGACGGGCAAGCCGCGAGCAGGGCAGACCGAAACCGGCCGAGAAACUCAGGUUAAAGCGAGCGCAAGACCCAAAGAGAGAGAGAGAAGGACCAGCCCUUCCUCCCAAUUCACCUCCUUUUUCUUCAUCCCUCCUUCUCGGACCUCCACUCUCCAGACGCGAGUUCCUCACAGUCACUCAGAGAGAGAGAGAGACAGACGGAGAGAGGGAUGCUGCGUGUUGCUCAGCCGCACUUGCACUCAGACGGAACCUAGAAGCGGAAUUACUCUUCAUCUUUUUCUUUUUCUUGAGAAGUGAACUGGCGGUGAUUCUGGCUGCUGUUACCCACCAUUUCGGGCUCAGUUUUUAAGGGGGGGGGGGACAGAAUCUGGACAUUAACACACAGAAGAAUCUCCGCUUUCAUCUUCCUCGAUCACAAGAAGGUGUUGAUUUCGUUACUCUCUUAUCACACCUUUGUCCCCCCCCCACCCCCGGCCACCCCAUCUCCCCUUUCUUUCUCCAGCACGGACACUUUCUCUUCUUCUUCUUCUUCUUUUUUCAUUAUUAACUUAAGAAUCGUCAGCGUGCUUAAAAAAAAUGCUUCCAGCCGAAGACGUGAUGCCAUGUCGCGUCUCUGACGUUUGACACAUUUUUACGGAUCCGCUAAAAAAAAAAAAAAAAAAAGAAACUGGAGAAAUUGGACCAAAAAAAAAAAAGCAAAGUCAGAGAAGUUCUCUUAAGCCGCGACUGGUGCGCUUUUUCUUCUUUUUUUUCUGCUGCUUUUCUCUCUCUCUUUUUUUAUCUUCUUUUUAUUGGAGUCCGAGCAAACCAGACCGACCGUCCAGAUGCAGUUUCGACUCUUCUCAUUUGCCCUGAUCGUCUUGAACUGUAUGGAGUACAGCAACUGUCAGGCGCCGUCGCACCGCUGGAGGAGAAACAAGAGAGCUAGCUAUGGAGCUUACCCCAUCUGUAAAGGCUGCUCAGUGUGCUCCAGGGAUAACGGCUGCGUGAACUGCCAGCCCAAACUCUUCCUGUUCUUGCGAAGGGAGAGGAUGAGGCAGUACGGCGAGUGUCUUCACGACUGUCCAGCCGGAUACUACGGCAUGCGCAGCCCUGAAAUCAACAUGUGCUCCAGGUGCAGGAUAGACAACUGCGAGUCCUGCUUCAGCAAAGACUUCUGCACCAAGUGCAAAUCUGGUUUUUACCUGCACAAAGGGCGCUGCUUUGAUAAGUGCCCCGAGGGCUUUGCCCCGCUGGAAGACACAAUGGAGUGUGGAGAGGGCUGCGAGGUGGGCCAGUGGAGCGAGUGGGGAGCCUGCACCAGGAGAAACAAAACCUGUGGCUAUAAGUGGGGUCUGGAGACUCGGACGCGGCACAUUGUUAAGAAACCCCCCAAGGACACAAUACCGUGUCCCACCAUUGCCGAGUCCAGGAUGUGCAAAAUGGCCAUGAGACACUGCAGGAGAGGUAAUUCAGGGAAGCACCGAUCCAAAGAGCCAAAGAAGAAGAACAAGCAGAGGCUGCGGUUUCGGGCCCAGAACCAGCACAGCGACCACUUGGCCUCUGCGCGCUCCAGCCAGUAAGGACUGAAACCUCCCAGUGAACACAGAAACCAACGCAAAGCUGCUAGCCGCCGCUGCACCCAUACUCUGACUGACAACUUUCACCCACCACACCCCCUCCAGCUGCCCUCCUCCCCACUGACCUCCCAUUCCUCCUUCUCUCUGCCCACCAGGACGCAAACACCGCCCCCUUACCCCACCGACGACCCCACACCCCAAGAAACACGUGCCGUACAAAGCGAGAUAUCAGUACCUGUACACGCUCUGCCUCCCGCUGCUUUCCCGCCACCGCCCCUCCCGUUGCUGCGACCGGCUAAGGUGACUCUACUUUCUCCCAGCGCCAUUCCCCCCCCCCUUUUCUUUUCGCCUUGCGGACCUUCACAGUUGACAGAACUGAACUCACUUCCCAUCAUUAACGAACAACGCGGGGGCGAUGGAAGACGGAGGAGAACUCAGAGGGCGGGAGAGCCAGAAGGGCGGCAGGUAAAUAGGAGGAAGGAGUUGGGGGGGAGUUGGCGAGCUGAACUGCACCAGAGGGAGCGGAUGUGACUAAAGUCCAUCCAGGAUGAAGAAGCAGAGAAAGUUCGGUUGUAGCAAAUGAUGCUAAUGGACUGAAGAAGAAGAAGAAGAAGAAGAAGAAGAAAAAGGCAUCUUGAAACAAGAGAGACUGGUUGUUGUUUUUUUUGUUCAUAUAUUUAUGUCAAAGCAAAACUUCCUUCCCUCUAAAUGGAAACAGAGUUUUCCCAUGUGUGGCCUUUUAUGUUAUGUAUAUUUUCCAGAGUAAUAUUAAGAAGAAGAAGAAGAAAAAAAUCCAAUGCAUAGUUGCGAAAUAUUUUAUUCUCAGCACAAACUGUUUACGUUCAGACCGCUUAAUGCUGUAUCUGUAUAGUGUCAGUUAAUUAAAGAAAAUAAGAAGAUUUAGUUGUUCAACUAGCAUGGCAACAGACUUGUACAUAGUUGAUCUAAUUAUAAAAGCCUAUUACUGUAUUUUCAGUAUUGAGUCAGUCACCAUUCUAAAUGUUUUAGAAAUAAUAAUAAUAAUAAAAAAAAAAUGGUUGUAAUACAAGACUAAGAUAAAAGAUUAGAUUACAGAUUAAAAUAAUGACAAACAUAAACUUAGCCACCUCAUAGCAAUUUCAUUCAUAUGGUAUAUAUUUGAUUUAUUUAUUAAUUCAGUUUUGUACCUUUUUUUUUUUUGUUCAGUGAGACAUUUUGCCUCACGCUGUCGGUCUUUUUCUGAGACGUCCUCUCCUUAUAUCGGUGCAUAUCUCUGUCAUGCAAGUGUUGUAGGCUGUUCGUUUGACCUCAUCUACUGAUUUUGAUGCUUCAUAAAACGAGAAAAAAAAAAUUAAACUAUGCUUUGAUGUAUUCUAGGUUUAAUAAUUAGGCUCCAGCUAAUGUAUGGUCAUAGGACUGCAUCUGUGUACAUUGUGUUUUAUUAAAACUGCAUUUCAUGUGACUGUAUGAAAAGGCCUUUCAUUACUGUCCGUGGCUAUAAUAUAUGUGGCUAAAACUCCGAA